UUUUGUUCCAGGACUCGUAUAUUAGUUUCAUUGCGAUGAACAUUACGGUUGUGGGAGCUUAAGUAAGCAAUUAAGCUCGAAAAAAUGAAGAUGAGGAAUACAUUGUCGGUCACCCUUGCCUUGUGCAUUAUUUUAUUUAUUACGUUAAUGGACAAUGCUACAGUUGGUGAUUUCACCCUAGUUAGCCGCGCUAAUUGGGGUGCUUUACCUCCUAGACAGUCAUUACCUUCGUUAGGAAGAAAGCCUCUGGCGAUUGUUCUAAUUACCCAAACAAAUUCGUUGGGAUGUUAUAAUAACACAAGCUGCCUAGACAUUAUUCGUAAAAAGCAAACAUUUGACAUGAAUCAUCUCGGAAAACUAGACAUCAAUGCCAACUUUCUCAUUGGUGGCGACGGUAACGUUUACGAAGGCCGUGGCUGGGGUUAUCAAUCUGAAGAGGAGAGGUCCUACGAUGUGAAGAGCAUUUUUAUUUCUUUUAUAGGAGAUUAUUCUCAGAUGGUGCCUGCGAAGGAGCAGGUUGAUGCUACCAUGGAGCUUUUAAAGUUGGGCGUUCAGCAGAAAAAGCUGUCUAAGAAUUAUAAGAUUUUGGCUUUGAGACAGGUUACUAAUAUUUUGAAGCCUGGCGUUCAUUUGUUGGAUGUUAUAAAAACUUGGCCUCACUGGGUUCCAAUCAUUAAUUUAUAUGCACGUUCGUAUUUGCGUAAUAAUAUUAUAAAAGAUUUAUUAUUUGCACACAUUUUGAAUAUAGAAAUGGAUCAUCUACUAUUACGAUCCCUUUCAUUGAUUAUUGGAAUUUUACUCAUUGGAAUAUUUUUUACAACAGCCAAUGAAGAUUUAAUAGACAACUCAAAUCAUCAAAUCAUCAAAUUACGCCCCGAUGAAAUUUCAGCAGCGAACGAGUUUACAAGGAACCCCAAGGAUCUGCACAUAAUAACGCGGACCGAUUGGGGCGCUCAACCCGCUACGGAUUCACCCCGCCAACUGAAAGUCCAGCCGGCGACUUUCGCGAUUAUCAGUCACACGGCCACGCAGUCCUGCUACAACGAAGCCAAGUGCAUUCUGAACGUCCGGGUCAUCCAGACGUUCCACAUAGAGGCCAAGGGCUGGCUCGAUGUCGGCUACAACUUCCUCGUCGGUGGCGACGGGAACGUGUACGAAGGUCGGGGCUGGGAUGCCGCGGGCGCCCACACUCACAAUUAUAAUAACCGGAGUAUCGGCAUUGCCUUCGUCGGCGACUUUAGCUACAAGAGUCCGCCCAAGGAGCAAAUCGUCACCGCGGUUAGGCUUCUCGAUCACGGCCUCAAGACCAAUAAGCUCGCCAAGGACUAUAAGCUCAUUGGCCAGAGGCAGGUGGCCCACACCCAGAGUCCCGGCGAUAAGCUUUACAACGUCAUCAGGACGUGGGAGCACUGGUCCAAUAAUCCAUAAUGCGCCAACACGUUGUUAUUUUGCUAGACUCUCGCG